AUGGCGGAGGAACGACCGAAAAGGGUCAAAGUGGCCUGGAGCGAUGAUCUUAGUCAUGAUUCUGAAGAAGAAAGAGAACGAGAACGCUUGGCUCAGCUGGAGCGUGAAUUAGCAGAACAAUCAGUGAAGCCGGUCUAUCCAGAAGAGGACCUGAAUAAACUGAUAGGUUUCAUCAUGAGAAUGACCACUCUUUACGACCUUAGAGACGAAGACUGGAACCAGGGGACCAAGGAAAAGAUCGAAGAGUGGAUCCUAGACCCUCGCUCUAUUAUGCUCUGUAUCUACUUUAGAGGCGAAACAUUAAAAGCCUCUCUAGAUAUACCAUUUACUCCUGUAUAUGAUCUUAUGUAUUUUAUCCGUCAACCGGAUUAUAUUUUCAAAGUAGAGACAUUUCAUGAUGAUAUUAUUUUUGGUACUUUCGUUUAUUCUGUGGAAUCAAAUAUGAUACAGGUGUUGGAAUCGGUUUUCGCUCCUUAUUUCUUCGCUGUUACCACUUGGCCAGAGAGCGUAAAGAGUGAAUUUUGUUCUCAUAUUCACACUUUCCUCGCAAAGUUGACGGAUAUGUAUUACAAAAUGCUCGGCCUGACUGUCCUGUACAUACCGCGCGAGGGUCAACAGCUAUCUUUCGAGCAGGCGAGCGCCGACCGUGAGUUGGUGAAGAGAUUGGAAGGUGUGGUGGUCUACUGGACGCAUCAGAUAAAAUCUUGCGUCGAGGACCACGCAUCCGUGUCCUCUCAAAAGGAGCUUCUAUGUCCGAGCGAUGAGUAUGAUUUUUGGGUAUAUAGACAUGAAAACUUGAAUGCUCUGCUAUACCAACUGCAAAAUCCAGCUGUAAAACACAUCACCAAGAUCCUUGUAACUACACAUUCCACUUUUAUACAUCAAUUCCAAGCGCUGUGCGAAGAAAUCGUACAAAAGAUUAAAGAGGCGACUUCGAAUAUAGAAUUUUUACAAGUCAUCAAACAGCCGUGCGCCGUACUCGAGUGUGUCGUCGAUCCGGAUAAAAUCUCGAAACAUAUCCCACAAAUUAUAAACCUAUUUAGGUUCAUUUGGAUGGAGUCUCCUUACUACAAUUCUGAAGCUCGCAUCACAAAUCUUUUCAAGGCACUUAGCAACCAGAUUAUAAUUCUAUGCAAGAACUACAUUCAAUUAGACGAUCUCUUCGAUGGUCAGACGAAGAAGGCACUCGGUGAGUUCAGCAAGUGUAUAGACUGCUGUAAGAAGUAUCGUGAGAUCUACGACGUGAUGGUGGAGGCGCAUACAGCAGAGAAGCCCGGCAGCUGGGAAUUAGACUCGGGAUCUAUUUUUAAUUAUAUUGACUCAUUCAUUCAGAGAUGCUUUGAUAUGUUAGAUGUUUGUAACUGUAUGAUUAUUUUUGGAAGGAUCGAUGAGAUAGAGCAAAUAAAUAAGCCGAUAUUUGCGGGGGCCAACGGCGAUCAGUUCGAGGCGAAAUGUGACCAGAUAGAGAAGAAGUUCAACGUCGCGCUUGGUCAUGUGCGGAAAGUCGCGCACACCAUCCUCGAUGUGCAGGCACCGUCGUGGUACGACGACAUACUGCAGUUCAGGUCGACGAUAAAAGAUAUUGAGAUUAUAAUAGAGAACCUGGUGGAGUCAGUGUUCGAAGGCGUCAACCAUGUAGAGGAGGCGGUCGUGGCCCUCUACUCGCUACACAACUACUCCAGGAGGCAAAACUUGAAGCGCAUUUUCAAAAGGAAGACUUCUGACGUGUGGGCAAUGUUCAGCGACGCGGUGCAAGAAACCAAGAAGGACAUGGUGUCCACUCGUGGCCAGUAUCCCUCUGACUUGCCGCCGUACGCCGGCAGAGCUGUCGUCCUCAAGAUGAGGAAGAAUCGGUUGAUUUAUUUGAAAAAUGUAAUGCGUGAUGCAUCCGUGUGGAUGAUGAAAUGCAGUAGCUCUGAGGACGUAAUCAUGCACGUCAACCGGCUCGUCAGCGCCAUCGAUGUCAAUAUACGCGAGCUAUGGAUAUCUUGGACGCACAACCUUGACGAGAGAUGUAGCGCCGGUCUGAAUAGAACUUUGAUGCGGAAGAGCUCUGAGAACGCAGGCUUAAUGGAAUGCAAUAUGGACGUAAAUAUACUAGAACUGUGUAAGGAAGCUUCGCAUUGGGAGAACAUGGGCUUGGAUAUACCACUGCACGCUUUUCAGGUGUAUAUGAAGAGCAAGACAUUAUUGUACGUGUAUGAGAACGUACUGGCCGUUGUGAAGGGUUACAACAAGAUAUUGGACUCACUGUCCGAGCCUGAGAGGCUUCUCUUCAAACCACUCAUAACUGCAUGUGAGAGAAAAGUACAACCAGGAAUUUCUAAAUUAACUUGGACGUCUACGAUGUCUGAUGAAUAUAUCGCUGACUGUGUAACUCAAAUUGGAGAGUUGCAAGAUUUUCUAACAACAUACAAGAACUGCAACGUGAAUUUGGUUAAAAUUAUGGAAAAAAUAUGUGAUACCCCGUUCAUGGAAUUCGAUAUUUACAACGUGUUUGACAUUAAGGACCUUCGAGCAUAUGUUCGAGCAAUGGAAGCAGAAGCGGCGGCAAAAAUAUUAGAAAUGUAUAAAGAGAUUAUAAUUUACCUUGUUAUUGUGUAUGAAGGAUUUGAAGCACAGAUAACACAAAUGGCCGACCAGUGGGUAAAAUAUGUGAGAAGAUUCGACCGCAUUUUAGAAGAUGCUCUUCGUCUAUCAAUUAAGGCGACAAUGCAGAACAUGUAUAAAUGCGUACAUGGGGAUGGAACUAUGGCGCCAUCGCCAUUAAUCAAAAUGAACCUUUAUCUAUCUGGAAAGAAAAUCGUUUUUAUUCCUACCGCUUACGAACUGCGUGAGACUUUUACCACUGUUCUCGAAGAAAUUGUCCACAUAAUGAGCACGGUACCACGACUUUUCGAGAAAUUUUCACUUCCUUCAGGUGGUUUGAAACGGUUUUGUGAGGUUAUUAAAGUUGACACGGACAGUAACAAAUUGCAAGCGCUAAUCGAUGCCGAAAUCGAAUUUAACAUAAAUCUCAUAAAUGACCAUAUAAAUAUGUGGGAUCCUUACGCACAUAUCUGGGAGGUUGAUAAGGAUGAGUUUAUGGCUAAAUAUCUUCAAGAGAAACACAAAGCUAUAGAGUUUGAUAAUUUAAUAAUAACCUACACAGAUUUAGCGAACACUGUCCAAGUACAAGAAACCGUUAAUCAGAUACAUUUCGUCACAUUAAAUUCUAGUGAACUGAAAAAAUCUAUUAUUGCUCAUUGCCUAACCUGGCAAAUUAAAUUAGGUGAAUUAUUGCGAAAAAUUACUGAAUCUGACAUUGAUGUUGUAUACGCGUAUGUCGAAAAAAGCAGUGAAGAAGCUAUGACGAUGCCAACAAAUUUGAAAGAGCUGGCAUCGUCUAUAGCUACUUAUGAGCGCCUUAUGUCUGAAAUUGUAGCAAUGGAACAAACUUUCCCACCGAUAACCGACCAAAUGGCAACGUUAGCAAAGUUCGAAGUUGAAGUCAGCUCAGAUAUGGUAACUCGUCAUGAAAAUAUCCCUGUUCUUUGGAAUGACUAUUUAAAUUUAUUAGAAGAAGCGAAGAAAGCAUUGGAAGCCAAUAAGGAUAAGUUUAAAACGGAGUUAUUGGAGCAAGCGGAGGAAUUUAAGGAAGCAGCUAAAGAAUUCUGUGAAGAAUUUUACAAAACAGCACCGUGCAGUUCAGAUAUUACUGGUAAAGAUGCUAUGGCACAAUUGAAAGCUUUCAGAGAGCAGCUAAAUGCCCUGAGAGCUCAAGAACAACAGAUACGAGAUGGACUUGCAGUGUUUAACUUAACAACACCGGUCAAUCUAGACCUGCAGAAAAUGGAAAAGGAGUUGGAGAAACUAGAGGAGGUUUGGGGACUGGUCGUACAAUGGGAGGAUUCUUGGGAGAAAUACAGGACGCAAACUUUCUGGGAAAUGGAAACUGACGAAAUGGAAGAAAACGUUCUGUUCCUUUUUAGGAAUUUUAAUCGUCUUUCACGACAGCUUAAAGACAAAGGAUGGGAUAUUAUAGACACAACUCGGGUGAAAGUCGAUGCUUUCAGAAGGACAUUGCCAUUAAUUGGCGAUUUGAAAAAUCCCUGUAUGAGGGAAAGACAUUGGGAUCGUAUUAAAACUCUUAUGGGCGUUGAAUUUGAUCAAACUUCAGAAGAUUUUAAAUUAGAAUUGAUAAUGCGUCUGAAUUUCCAAGCAUAUGCUGAGGAUAUUGCUGAGAUAUCAAACGCCGCUACCAUGGAGUUAAAUAUAGAAAAUGGUCUGAAAGCAAUCAGAGAAGUGUGGAAGAAUACAACUUAUGAAAUGCAACAUCACCACGGUGAUAUGUAUAGGAUUAAAAAUGUCGAAGAUGUGACACAGUUUCUAGAAGAUCACCAAGUGCAACUUUCUUCAAUGAAGUCCACAAAAUACGUGGAGCCGUUUAUAAAAGAAGUUGACUACUGGGAAAAAUCAUUGGGAUACGUCGCAGAAUGUAUAGAGAUAUCUUUACAAGUGCAACGUCGUUACCUCUACCUCGAAAUAAUAUUUGCUGGUGAGGAUAUUAGAAAACAAUUGCCAGAAGAAGUAUUAACGUUUGAUGCAUUGACGGCCGAUUGGACUGACAUUACUAUGAACAUGCACGCUGGAGCCAACGCAAUCGAAGCGUGCCUUUACAAACCUGCACCAUUUUUAUAUAACAAGCUCAAUACUAUGGUCGAUAACUUAGAUGGAAUAUUAAGAUCGUUAGAGAAAUAUCUUGAAACAAAAAGGCAGAUCUUUCCUCGUUUUUAUUUUAUUUCUAAUGAUGACCUGCUGGAAAUUCUGGGUAAUUCGAAAAAACCACAACUGGUACAGGUACAUCUCAAGAAAUUGUUUGACAACGUGAACAAGAUAAGAAUUGAUAAGAAUGCUGUUGGUCUGCCUAUAGCUAAAGCUAUGAUAUCUGAGGAUGGGGAGACUAUUGAAUGGAAGCAUAGUGUACUUCUGGAUGGUCCCGCUGAGGUGUGGCUGUUAGGCUUAGAACACAUGAUGAGGGUAGUUUUAAGAGAGCAAUUGAUUCAAACUCGGUUGGCGCUGAGAAAAUGUCGCUACCAGAGAGAGCAGUGGAUCAACGACUGGCCGGGACAACUUGGCAUCACCUGCAGUAAGAUUCAAUGGACAUCGGACUGCACGCGGACUCUUUGCCGCUGCGAGAUAAUGAAGGAGAAGAAGCCGAUGAAGAAGUUGAGGAAGAAACAGAACCAGAUCCUGACGACGCUGCAGAACAUGUCGAGGAAGGAGAUCACAAAGAUAUUACGAUGCAAAGUCAACGCCUUAUGUGUUAUUGAGAUACAUUCGAGGGAUUGCGUAGAUAAAUUGUAUAAGAUGGGUUGCAUGUCGGUGACGGCAUUCGAGUGGUUCUCCCAGUUGAAGUUCUAUUGGGACCGCGAGCGUGAGGACUGCUACAUUCGGCAGACAAACACUAGCUUCAUCUAUACAUACGAGUACAUCGGAAACUCGGGACGGCUCGUUAUAACACCUCUCACUGACAGAUGCUACAUAACACUAACAACUGCUUUGCACUUGUAUCGUGGUGGCAGUCCUCAGGGUCCGGCCGGUACUGGUAAAACGGAGACCACCAAAGACCUGGGCCGCGCCCUGGCACGCUGGGUUGUUGUCACCAACUGUUCCGACGGCCUCGAUUACAAGUCUAUGGCAAAGUGCUUCGCUGGCAUAGCACAAAGCGGCUGCUGGGGUUGCUUCGACGAGUUUAACAGAAUUAAUAUCGAAGUGCUGUCGGUGGUGGCGCAGCAGAUCCUCGCGGUGCUGCAAGCGCUCUCGCUGCAGCAGAAGCGAUUCCUCUUCGAGGGCUUCGAUCUGAAACUCGACGCGAACUGCGGCAUAUUCAUUACUAUGAAUCCUGGUUACGCGGGUCGUACGGAAUUACCAGAUAACUUGAAGUCGAUGUUUCGUCCGAUUGCGAUGUGCGUUCCGGACUCGCUCAUCAUCGCUGAAAACACGCUCUUCUCUGAUGGUUUCACCGCCUACAAGAUUAACGCUAAGAAGGUAUUCACUUUAUACCAGCUGGCGAUGCAGCAGCUGUCGAAGCAGGACCACUACGACUUUGGGUUACGCUCCAUGGUAGCGCUGCUGCGCUACGCCGGAGUAAAGCGCAGGGCAUACUCCAACUUGCCAGAGCAGGAGAUAGUAAUCCUGGCGAUGCGUGACAUGAACGUGGCCCGACUGACGGCGAAGGACGUGCCGCUGUUCAACGGCAUCAUGCAGGACAUAUUCCCGGACGUGGAGGUUCCCACACUUGACUACGAGAUGUUAGAGACCGCCAUCUCUGCGGAGAUGAGGCUCAUUGGACUGCAGCCAGUUAAGGCCGCGCUUUUGAAGGUCAUACAGACGUAUGAAACAAAGAAUUCCCGUCAUUCGAGCAUCUUGCUGGGUGACACGAACACCGCCAAGUCGGUGUCGUGGAAGAUGUUGGCGGCGACGAUGACGCGGCUGAAGCGCGAGGGUGUGCCGGGUUUCGAGAUCGUGCAGGUCUACCCCAUGAACCCCAAGGCGCUCACCCUGGGCGAGCUCUACGGAGAGUAUAACCUGGCCACAGGCGAGUGGAAGGACGGCGUGCUCUCCGCCAUCAUGCGCACCGUAUGUCAAGACGAGUCUCCGGAGCAGAAGUGGAUCGUAUUCGACGGUCCGGUGGACGCGAUCUGGAUAGAGAACCUUAACUCUGUGAUGGACGACAACAAGCUGCUGACGCUCGUCAACAGCGAGAGAAUAUCUAUGCCGCCGCAGGUAUCGCUGCUGAUAGAGACGCUGGACCUGUCGGUGGCGUCUCCGGCCACGGUGUCGCGUAACGGCAUGGUGUACAACGACUACCGCGACUGGGGCUGGGGGCCUUACGUCAACUCCUGGCUUGACACCGUCGACGACAUUGACUACAGAGAUAUGUUGCGUCGUCACUUCCAAAACAUCCUGAGCCCGGUGCUGGCGCUGAAGCGUGCACUGGGCGAGGGUCUGCGCGGGCACGAGCUGAGCGGAGUGCGCGCGCUGUGCCGGCUGCUGGCGCGCACUCCGCCGCCGCCGCACCCCACUGAGGAGGACGACGAUACAUUCGCCAAGAUGAGAUUCCUCUUCGCGUUGAUCUGGUCUGUGUGCGCGACCCUGGACGAGGAUGCUCGCCGCCGUCUGGACAAUUGGAUCCGUGAGCACGAGGGCGUUUUCCCCCUGAAGGACACCGUCUACGACUACUAUCUGGAUGAGAGGCUGCGACAAUUCCGACCAUGGGAAGACCGUCUACCGGAUAAUUGGCGAUUCAAUCCAGCCUUAGGUUUCCACUCUAUCUUGGUUCCGACGGUGGAGUUUAUCCGGGUACAGAUUAUAUCGCUGGAGCUGCUGAAGGGAGGUCACGGCGUGCUGGUCGCGGGCCCCACGGGCACCGGCAAGACAUACCUCAUACAGGGCACGCUUUCACAACUGGAUCCGGAAAAGUACAGCAACCAAGUUAUCAACAUGUCUGCUCAGACCACCGCGGCAAAUGUCCAGGAUAUGAUCGAAGCGCGACUGGAGAAGAGGACCAAGGGCAAUUAUGUGCCAGCAGGAGGUAAGAAGAUGAUAGCAUUCAUGGACGACAUCAACAUGCCGGUGAAGGACGACUACGGCUCGCAGCCGCCGCUCGAGCUGGUGCGCCUCUGGCUCGACUACGGCUAUUGGUUCGACAGGCAAAAGCAGUGGAGAAAGAAUGUUAAGGACAUGGUGCUGUGCGGUGCAGCAGGGCCGCCUGGCGGCGCGCGCAGCCAUCUGCCGCCGCGGCUGCUGUCCUGCUUCCACGCAUUCUUCCUGCCCUCACCCACGCACCAGCAGCUCAUCAAGAUCUUCGGUACCAUGCUGGCGCAGCACCUCAUGGAGUUUGAUGAGGAGACGAAGACUGUGGGUAAGAUAGUGCUGGUGGCAACAAUCGACAUGUUCAACAAUAUAGUGGCCAAGCUGCUUCCUACACCGAGCAAAAUGCACUAUCUCUUCAACUUGCGCGAUAUAUCUAAAAUAUUCCAGGGUCUCUUGCGAAGUAAUAAAGAUUACACGAACACGAAGCCUCGUUUCCUACGAUUAUGGAUACACGAGUGUUUCCGUGUUUUUGGUGAUCGACUCACCGAAGAGAAAGAUCGUGAUUGGUUUAUGAAUCAGGUAGCAGAAAUGUUGGGUAAACAUUUCGAGCUGACUUUCCACGCCGUCUGCCCCACCAAGAGCCCUCCUCUUUUUGGACAUUUCCUUAAUCCCUUCGAAGUGUAUGAUGACAUGAAUGACCCUGAGAUCUUGAGGAAGUACAUUGCCAACCAGCUGGAGGAGUACAACAGCAGCCCGGGUGUGGUGAAGAUGGACCUGGUGUUGUUCAAGGACGCCAUCGAGCACGUGUGCCGCAUCACACGCGUCAUCUCGCAACCGCGUGGCAACAUGCUCUGCGUCGGCAUCGGUGGUUCUGGUCGUCAGAGCUUGACUCGCUUGGCGUCUUAUAUCUGCGAAUCCAACUCGUUCCAAGUCGUCGUCACCAAGACCUACGGGGUCAAGGACUUCCGCGAGGAUCUGAAGACUUUAUACACAAGCUGCGGUGUGGACGCGAAACAGACGACGUUCAUCUUCAACGAUACGCAGAUAGUGGAGGAGAGCUUCACGGAGAUCAUGAACAACCUUCUCAGCAGCGGAGAGAUCACCAACCUAUACAAACCCGACGAGUUUGAAGACAUAAAGCAAGCGCUAGAGAAGGCGAUGAAGAACGCCAACAUAAUGCAGACCGCGGAGUCCGUGUACCUGUUCCUGGUGGACCGCGUCCGCAGCAAUCUGCGCAUCGUACUCUGCUUCAGCCCUAUUGGAGAAGAAUUUCGAAACCGCAUCCGCCAGUACCCGGCACUGAUAAACGCGACCACCACUAACUGGUUCCUGGAGUGGCCGCGGGAGGCGCUGCUCGAGGUCGCAUACAAGUUCCUCGCCGGCGUCGAGCUGCUCGCCUCCAUCACCGGGCAGAGGGUGAGACGCAAAGAGUCUGUGGUGGAGAGUCGUGAGGAGAUCCUGCGAGCGUCAGUGGCUUCCAUCAUGUCGCUGGUGCACUCGUCUGUGGGCCGGCACUCUGUGCGCAUGUGGAACGAGAUGCGUCGCGUCAACCACGUCACACCCACCAACUAUCUCGAGCUCGUCUCUGGGUACAAGGAAAUGCUAAAGAAUAAACGCGCGGAGGUGGCUCUCCAAGCCAACAAGUUGAGAAACGGCUUGGGUAAAGUGGAGGAGACCACUAAACUGGUGGGGCAGAUGUCUGAGGAGUUGGCGGUGGCUAAGGUGCAAGUGGCGGAGUACACGGAGCAGUGCGUGGAGUACAUGGGCGUGAUCAACGCGCAGCAGCGCAACGCGGACGAGCAGCAGCGCAGCGUGGCGGCGCGCAGCAAGAAGACGCAGGAGGAGGAGGUGCAGUGCAAGAGGCUGGCAGACGCCGCCAUGCGCGACCUCGCCAGCGCCAUGCCUGCACUGGAGGAGGCCGUCAAGGCUCUAGACGCGCUCAACAAGAAAGAUAUUACAGAAGUCAAGUCGUACGCCAAGCCGCCGCAGAAAGUAGAAAUGGUCAUGGAAGCGGUCCUCAUAUUGUUACAGAAGGAGCCGACUUGGGCGGAGGCGAAGCGUCAGCUAGGCGACCAGUACUUCCUGGACCGGCUGCGGGAUUUUGACAAAGACAACAUCUCGGACAAGACGCUGAAGAAGAUCGGCACCUACACCGCCAAGCCGGACUUCGAGCCGGAGAUCGUGGGCACUGUGUCGCUCGCCGCCAAGUCGCUCUGCCUGUGGGUGCGCGCCAUCGAGAAGUAUGGCAAGGUCUACAAAAUAGUAAAACCGAAGAAGGAGCGUCUAGAAGAAGCGUUGGAGUCGCUGCGCAUGAAGCAGCAGAUCCUGGCGGAGGCGCGGGCCAAGCUGCGUGAGCUGAGCGAGAUGAUCGCGCGCCUGCAGAAAGAAUACGACGAGAAACUAGCUCAAAAGGAAGAGCUCGAAAGAAAGUCCAGGAUGUUGCAGCUCAAGCUCGAGAGGGCGGAGGCGCUCAUCACUGGACUGUCGGGUGAACGUGAGCGCUGGGAGAUGACGGUAGAGCGGCUGGACAAGGAAUUUGACAACCUUCCGGGCGACUGUCUCAUCGCCACUGCCUUUGUCGCCUAUCUCGGGCCCUUCGUCUCUGAAUACCGCGAAGAGCUAAUGGAUGACUGGUUCCGUGAGGUAUACAAUGAAGCCGUACCAGUUACAAUGGAUCUCAGCAUGAAGAAUUUUCUUCUAGACGAUGCUACUCUGAGAGACUGGAACUAUAUGGGAUUACCAGAUGACAACUUCAGUGCUGAGAACGGUAUCAUAGUACGUCGGGCGACGCGUUGGCCGCUGGCUGUCGACCCUCAGGGACAGGCACUCAUCUGGAUAUCCAGGCUCGAGGAAAAUAAUGGAAUUGAAGUAGUCGAUUUCGGUCAACCAAAUUAUCUGAAAGUGAUGGAGAAGUGCUUGUCGGAGGGCAUACCUAUCCUGAUACAGAACGUGGGGGAGGUGCUGGACCCCUCCAUCGCACCUAUACUCGACAAGGCCAUCGUAAAGAUUGGGUCAUCAAUGGUGAUAAAGUUCAAUGAGAAGAUGGUGCCCUACAACUCCAACUUCCAGCUAUACCUUACUACCAAAUUAGGCAAUCCGAUCUACACGCCGGAGAUCUUGACUAAGACGACAAUGGUGAACUUUGCGGUGAAGGAGCAGGGGCUGACGUCUCAGCUGUUAGGCAUCGUAGUGCGCAAGGAACGGCCGCAACUUGAGCAGAUGAAAGACACGCUUGUACUCUCCAUCGCAAGGGACAAGAAAGUUCUGGUGGAUUUGGAGAACGACCUGCUGCGCAUCAUGUACGAGUCGCAGGUGCCGUUGCUGGAGAACGAGGAGUUGUUCCAGACGCUACAGAUCUCACAGCGCACCUCGCUGCAGGUGAAGGAGGCGCUCAUCACAUCGCAGGUCACAGAGAAGGAGAUCGAUACCGCAAGAGAGGGCUACGUCCCAGUGGCGGUGCGCGCGUCUGUGCUGUUCUUCGCGCUCAACGACCUGUCGCGCAUCGAUCCAAUGUACCAGUUCUCGCUGGACGCGUACACCGACCUCUUCAUGUACUCCAUCGACCGCAGCCAGAAGUCCAGCGAGCUGGAGGACCGCAUCAACUAUCUUAAUGAGUUCCACACAUAUGCUGUUUAUAAGAACACAUGUCGCGCGCUGUUCGAGCGGCACAAGCUGCUGCUGUCGUUCCACAUGGCGUCGCGCAUCCUCUUCCAGGCGGGCAAGCUCAACAUGAACGAGUACCUCUACCUGCUGAAGGGUGGCAUCGUUCUCGACCGCUCCGAGCAGCCCGACAACCCCACCAACUGGAUCCCGGACGAGUGCUGGGACAACAUAACGGAGCUGGACAAGAUAGCCGGCUUCCACGGCAUCAUCGACAGCUUCGAGACCAUGUCCAAAGAGUGGCGCGACUGGUACCUCACGCCGGAGCCCGAAACGCAGCCCCUCAUCGGUGAAUGGAACGAGAUCUGCAGCGAGUUCCAGCGCAUGUUGGUUGUGCGCGCGCUGCGUGCUGACCGCGUGGGCGCGUGCGCGGCCGCCUUCGUGCUGCGCGCGCUCGGCCCUCGAUACAUAGAGCCGCCGGUCCUCGAUAUUCGGGCGGCGUGGGAGGAGUCGUCGUGGAAGACUUCUCUGCUGUUUGUGCUGUCGCCCGGCGUGGACCCCACAUCCUCGCUUAUCCAGCUCGCUAUGGACGUCAAGAUGUUCGACAAGUUCCAGUCGCUCAGCCUCGGACAGGGCCAGGCGCCCGCCGCUGAAAGGAUGUUGGUGCAAGGCAUGGAAGAGGGCGGCUGGGUGUUCCUGGCUAACUGCCACCUGGCCUGCGAGUGGCUGGGCUCGCUGCGCGGCCUGGACAACCCCACCAUACACCACCGCUUCAGGCUCUGGCUCUCCUCUAUGCCCGACCCCAAGUUCCCACUCGGCAUGCUGCAGAGGAGUAUCAAGAUGACCACGGAACCGCCACAGGGUCUGAAAGGCAAUCUAGUUCGUAUCUUCGCAAACCUGAACGAGGAUAAGUUUGACGAGGCGACCCCCAAGUACCGCAAGUUGCUGUUCUGCGUCGCCUUCUUCCACUGCACCCUCAUCGCCAGGAAGCGCUUCCGUCAGCUCGGAUAUAACGACGUCUACAGCUUCAACGAUGCCGACUUUGAAGUUUCGGACAAUCUGUUGGCAAAUUACCUGGAGGAGUACGACGAGGUACCGUGGGCGGCGCUGCGCUACCUGCUGGCCGUCAUCAACUACGGCGGCCACAUCACCGACGACUGGGACAAGCGCGUGCUGCUCGCAUACAUCAAUCAGUUCUUCUGCGAGGAGGCGCACGAUGUGCCCUUCUACAGGUUGUCGAGUAUGCCGGCGUACCACGUGCCGCGCGAUGGCAGCCUGGAGUCGUACCGCGACUUCCUGGAGCUGCUGCCGACGGCGGAGCGCGCCGACUCCCUCGGCCAGCACAGCUCGGCCGACGUGGCCGCGCUCGCUCAGGAUGCUUCGAUCAUGUGUUCCACUUUGUUCUUGUUGACGUCAUCUGGGAGUGGGGGUGCAGCAGGCGGGGAGGAUCAGAAGGUGGACGAGCUGGCGGCGGAGAUGCUGGUGCGGCUGCCGGGCAAGAUCGACAUGGAGACGACGGAGAAGCUGAUGGGUCCCGAGAUCGUUAUGCCCAUGUGCGUCUCGCUGCUGCAGGAAAUCGGAUACUACAACGUGCUCAUCAAUUACAUUGUCUCAGGACUAAAGGAACUGCGGCGUGCAAUAGAAGGUCUGGUGGUGAUGUCCGAGAUACUGGAAACAAUGUACAGAUGUAUCUUCGAAGGAAAAGUACCAACUUUCUGGCAAAAAGGUCGUCCGACGCUGAAGCCGCUGGGCUCGUGGUGCCGCGAGCUGUGGGCGCGCGGGGACCGGCUGGGCGCGUGGGCGGCGGCGCCCCGCUCCCCGCCGCCGCUGUGCUGGCUGCCCGCCCUGCUCGCGCCCACAGGCUUCCUCACCGCCGUCAUGCAGACGACGGCGCGCGGCGAGGGCUGGCCCAUCGACACGCUGUGCUGGGACUUCACCGUGCUCACCAUUGAGGAGCAGAACAUCAUGCGAGCGCCCAGGGACGGCGGAGUCUAUAUCAGGGGUCUAUUCCUGGAGGGCGCGAGCUGGUUCAAGAAGGAUGCGCACCUGCAGGACCCUCUGCCCAUGCAGCUGGUUUUCCCGAUGCCCCCUAUACACUUUAAACCCGUCAGAGCCACGGGCAGGAGGCCUAAGAACCGCUACACGUGUCCGUGCUACUACUACCCGCUGCGCAAGGGCGCGUUCGUGGUGGCCGUGGAGCUGGCCUCGGGCCGCGAGCACCCCGACUUCUGGGUGAAGCGCGGCGCCGCGCUGCUCUGUACACUCGCUACAUAAAGCCCCCCUUCACCACGCCUA